CCAUCAUAGCCAACUUCGCGCGGCGCCAUCAACACAAACCGUCCAUUUGCCAGCGGACGUUCAGAGGAGAAACACUUAGACACGCACUCGCCCCGCUAAAAAUAUAACAAAAUAUUAAAAAAAAGAGGCGUGCCUGCAUUGACCAAAAUUAUUAAAUAAUGAUGACAGAUCUGACCAAAAACUUUGCACGCGCGGAGAAGGCGGAGGAGGUGGUCACUUAUGGCAGUCUGGAUUCCUCGGUCCAAGAACUAUUAACAGCUGCUUUUGAAGUGCGUCAGCGGGCCUAUGCGCCAUACAGUGGAUUCAAAGUGGGUGCUGCUUUCCGGGCCAGGGUCAGUGGACAGAUCUUCACCGGCUGCAAUGUGGAGAAUGCGGCCUUUACACCAUGCUCCUGUGCGGAGCGAACGGCUCUUGCUAAAGCCGUAAGCGAAGGAGCCACCGAGUUUUCCGCCGGAGCUGUUUUGGCCUACGAACCCGAUGUUUUCACCACGCCCUGUGGCGUUUGCCGCCAGUUUAUCCGGGAGUUCGCCACCGAUGAUAUACAGAUCUAUGUGGCCCAGGCCAGCGAUGCGAGGAUAGCAGCAAAGGAGGAGCCCUUCCAGAGUGAGGAUCCCGUCCUGUGCACCUCCAUAUUCAAUCUGUUGCCCAGCAGUUUUCGCACCUAUCGGAAGUAAUAAAGGAGAGGGAAGGGAGUUAGUUCAAGGUUGCCCCACAACCUCUUGCCAAUAGUAAUCUAUAUAAUUUUAAUCUAAUCACUUGAAAUAAAGAAAAUUACACUACUCAACAAA